GUCCAACUAAAUGACAUCAUAUGUCCACGUGGCAAGAAACUCCAGACAGUUCGCUGGAACCUGGCAGGGAACACGCGAAGGAUCUCGAACUGAGAAGAAGAUUUUAAGUUGUUGCAAUAAUCUGGGUGUUGGCUUUGCAAAGCUACUAUAAAAUCCGAAAUCUGAUUGAGUCUGAUUAAAGAGAAUUCUAGUGCAAACAAAUAUCUCAUCCCCUAAGAAAACAAAAACUUGGUACAAAGCUUUUUUUUUUUUUUUUUUGGGGUUGGAGGAUAGAUUCGAGUCGAUAACUGAGUUAAUUGGAGUUGUGGAACGGUUUGUAUUGAUUUUUGCUUUGGCCUUUCGUCUUUGUUUACUCGACCAAAUAAACUGGUUAUACGGUGAUUUUAGUUUUUUAUCACACCAGGUUUUAAAGAAAUAUCAGGCGUCAGUUGCUUAAAUAAAGUCUGUUGAAAAUGAUACCAGUCUACAGAUACAUGGACUCAAAUCCUCACCAGAGAAACCAAUCCCCUUUCCCUCAACUUUAUUUCCCUUGUUUCGAGGCUGUUCCGCCUCACUGGAAGGUGGAUCCAUCUAAAUCUCCCAUGAUGUAUGAAUCCUGGCCUUGCAGCAGCGAUCAUGGGUACUCUGUUCCCUAUCAUGGUUACUGUAAUCAUGGCAACUUCCCUGGUUGCUAUAGCUUCAGACCUCCUUGCCCGCUUUUUGCACCAUCACCAUCAUUUCACCAGUAUCCAACUUAUCCCACAUUUCCUGAAGCUUACCCUGUUUUUUAUGUCCCUCAUCCACAUUAUUCAAAUGAACAGCCUAGGUAUGAAUAUGACAAGGAUGGGCAGACAAACUAUCAUUGCUAUGAGUGUCCUAAUCAUUCUCACAAUCAGAAAAAUGAUAGAAGUUUAAAGAUUGAAGAGCAGGAGCCUGAUGCUGAGAAGAAGGAAGGUGAUUUGGUGGUUCCGAUUCAACCAAGAAGUUGUCCACAUCCAAUUGUGUGGAUUCCACCUGAGUAUAUGAAAAAUGAGGAAUACGGGAAACGUAAUGAUGAGUCAGAGGUGAGUAACUGGGAUAAGGCAACCAAAAGUUUGAAGCCUACUGAACAGCAGCCAAGAGUUUGGAAUGGCUGGUUUCCGCUUGACAUGAAUGGUUUGAAAUCUUUGAUGCAGGGUGAAGGGGAUAAAAAUUCACAAAACCAACAGAAUAACGACAAAAUGACACAAUUUCCAUUCCCAAUCUUUUGGUUGCCUUCUAAUGGGAAACAAAAAGAGGAUGAAAAUCAAGAUAAGAGGACGAUAACUGCUUCAGAUCAUUCUAAACAAGCCCCAGUCAGUUGUGAGUUUAUUCCACUAGAGCCAUCUGUCAAUGAUGUUAGAAUGGACAAACCUCAAUCAAACAAAGAGACUUCUCAUAAUGAGAAUGCUUCUGAGACGAUGGGGAAAACUUCUAAUAAAAAAUAUGUUCCCGUAAAACAAAUGGAGGUGCACAAGGAGGACAAGUCUGAAGGGACCGAAAAGAGAGGGAAGGAUAUAAAUGUAAGGCCUAUUGAAGACGAGGUGCUAAAUAAACUUGAUGGGACCACGGCAAAAAGAAAAUCGCAGGCCCCUCCGAAAACAUCCAAGUUACCUGCUGUUUGUCUAAGAGUUGAUCCCUUGCCAAAGAAGAGGGAUGGGAAUGGCAGUUCAAGGUCUCCUAGCCCUCCUAACGGACAACCAGAAGAAACAUUGACAAAGGCCUCCCCUGCACCAGGCUUGAAAAAUGACUUUGCCGCAAAUACAAAAAAUUUGAAUGGUAGCCUUGAUAAAGUAGAACCUGGGGGAAAGGAGAGAAAAAAUAUUCAGGUGAUGGAAAAAAGAUCCUUGGAGAACAAGGCUGGAGAAUGUACCGGUGCAAGUCAGGCUCAAGUUUUGGAAAACUUACCUAUUGACUUCCAAGAAGUGUCAGGGAAACCAAACUUGGAAAGAACUGAAAAUGAUAGUCAUUUUAGUAAAACAGAAGAGGGAAUAGGUGCAAUUUCUGAGGAAGUUAUGGGAGCUGAGAAGGCAGCUGACACAAAGAAAGCUACUAAUCGAGACGAAUCAGCUCUUGGUCAACGCAAAGCAGAAAUAGAAAGGAUGUCAGAUGCGGAAGCGGCCAAGCUCAUCCAGUCUGCCUACAGAGGAUUUGAGGUGAGAAAAUGGGAACCGUUGAAAAAAUUGAAGCAAAUAGCUAAAGCCCGUGAGCAAGUGGAUGAGGUUAGAAGUCGUAUUCAAGCUUUCGAGUCUUCCUCUGAUCUCAACAAAGACAAUAGGCAGAGACUUUUGGUUGGAGAAAUGAUAAUGAGUCUUCUCUUGAAACUGGAUACUAUUCAGGGUUUGCACUCUAGUGUGAGAGAUGCAAGGAAAUCUUUGGUUAGGGAGCUUGUGACUCUGCAAGAAAAGCUCGAUUCUCUAACAAGCAAGUGGACCGAAGAAAAAGCCAAGGACUUGGCUACCGCUGAAUCUGUAGGUUGUCCUAGUAUUGAUGCUUGCAGAAAUGAUAGCACAGAAAAGGAAAGCAAAAAGGCAUCAACUGUUUGCAUUAGCUCUACUAAUGAAAAAGGAAACGAUAUCAAGGAGCCAAAUCAGGAUACAUGUAUGGUGGGUGAAAAAUCCAAUGUCAAGGAUGAGGAAACUACAGAACCUCUUAUUGUUGACCAUGCCUUAGAUGGGAAAAUGGAGAAUGAAAGUACAGAAGUGGCUUGUGAUAUCGAGUAUCGUACAGCACCAAGAAUCCAAGACGGAGAUGUGUCUCCCUACCUUGAGCAUCUUACUGGCAUGUCAUCAGUUCCGGAACAGAUGCUCAAUGCUAACGAGUUCGUGGAAGCAAAUGAUCUAAGAAGAGAGGGAAAACCUGGGAUGGUUGAAAUGAAUGAUCCGAAUCCUGUGAAUAAUUACUCAGAAGAGGAUAAGCUGAGGUCAUUGCCAAAUGAAAUGACUGAUCACGUGGAUGAUGUUUGUGAACCGGAGAAAAUGAUUAGAAAUAGCAAUGGUGAAAAAGAAUCGCAAUUGCUAAUCAAUCCUGCAUUGCCAGCUGAAGUAGAGAAUUUAAGGCGCACUGAGAAAGACAAAGAGAUUGAUUUGUUGGAAGAGUUGCCAGUUGGAAAAAUUGACGAGGAACCUCCCAUUUUGGAAUUUGAGAAGUGUGAAAUGCAUGAAACAGGAGAAAAUAACAUAUUAUCUUCAACUGAAGCUUGUCUUGCUGAACGUCAAUCAGAUGAGCAGUUAUUAGAGGCAACAUCAGGCAACUGUGUAAAGGGUCAGAAAGAAUUUACCAAGAGCCCUAAACUUGAAGUGGAGGUGCAACAAACACAGGAAAAGGAGGUCAACCGUGACAACAAUUUUGAAUCAGUCUUCGUACCGGAGGAAGUUCCAUUGACAGUAAGUGAAGAAAACAAUGGCAAAGUACAUCAAGAAGAGGAUGAUUAUGGAGCAAUAACUGCAGUUCAUAUGGCUUCUUCGGAAUCAGAAGUUGGAAGCGUUGCAACUGAGGAAAAAUAAGUACUGUUUGAGGAUAAGAAAGAAGUGCAGCAGCCACUUGGAGCUGAAGAGAUGGAAGAAAUAAAGCUGGAUAAAAUAGAAUUCCAGGAACAAAGUCGCAUGAAUAGUGAGAAUAAAACAACCAACAUACCUCGUGAGACUAUGGAGGAGGGGGUUCUCGUUGAGACGGAUGCUCAUUCAGAAUCAAAUAAAGAGCAAGAGUGGUUACACGCAUCAUCCGCUGUGAGCCAAACGUCUAACGAUGAGCAUGACUUGUCUAAGAUUGAAGGAGAUAACAAGCUAAUUGACGAGAACAAGAAAUUGAGGGAGAUGAUGGAGAAACUCAUGGAAGCCGGAAAAGAUCAACUUACUGUUAUAUCCAACCUGAUUGGAAGAGUGAGCCUUGAGGAAAAGUUAUCAAGGAACAAAAAUAUGAGCAAGCCACGGUAUAGAAAAGUAAGAUAUGCACCUUCUCGUUCCAGGCUCGCGAAAGCGAUAGGGUAGGCUGCUGAAGUUGUAAAACAUCUGCAGGUAUUUGUCCUGCGUGCUAUAUCGAGUAGGAUUGAGUUGCAUUGUAUAGGCUUAUUUGAUGAAAUCAAUUUUACU